AUGAGCUCCGCAGCAGAUCGACUACCCCGGCUCCCAGCCUGCCACUUAUGUUAUCAGAAGAAAAUCAAAUGUGACAGCACCAGGCCAACAUGUACUCCGUGUUCGAAAACUGGCAGCGACUGUGUUGUGCUCAAUUCUGGUGGUGACAGAACACUUUCACGAGCAGAAAUAGAUCGAUUAGAACAGCUUGAAAGACAGUUGACUCAAGAUGUGGACACCUUGCCGGCCGAUGAGGUCCAAUCGUGUGACGAUGCGAACCAGCCUGCCGCAGAGACUGGUCCGACUGUCAUCUCGAUCGAGAACUCAACUGUCUCACACGGAGAGGGACUCGGAUUCAUGGCUUCUCUCUUCGCAGAUCCAGACUUGAGAAGUAACAACACCGAAUUACUACAACUAUUGGCGAGAGUUCCUAGCGCCUCUGAACCUAUUCUUCAACCUUGUGGUCCUCCUCCAGACGAAGAAGGCAAGGCUCUGUUCGAUAAAUAUCUGAGUUGGUCUCACGUGCAAAGUCCUUUUCUUCGCCGAGACGAGGUCAAGAGUCUCUGUGGCCGGGUCUUCUCACACGAAUCGGCCGGCCAACCUGCUUCAAAUCACGAUCUAUUUCGCGCCUGUAUGAUUCUUGCAAUCGGUUCAGUGCUUCCAUUCCUGAAUGGCACCCACGGCCAGCACCCCGAAGGAUACUAUCUCGCUGCCUUGCAACACCUGCUCUUAAUAUGCCGCUUUGGUAUCUAUCAUCGGAUAGGCACGUCCAUUUGGGAUGUCGUUCGGCUAUGUGGUCGUCUGUGCAUCGAACAAGAAUUGCACCACAAUGAUAACGACUCCAUGAACUUCAUGCAAGUUCAAAUGAAGCGACGAGUUUUCUGGCAAGUCUACAUGAUCGACAGAUAUAGCUCUACGGUCCUGGGAAAACCAUUUAGUAUCGAUGAUCGCGAUAUUGAAGUCGGCUUUCCGGCGGAUGCAAAUGACGAGGAAAUUGUUACUGCUAAUCAAAUUUCAAGCAAUUUUGAGGAUUUUCGAUCAUCUCACGCCACCCUGGACACGACCGAGAUGACCGUUUUCUUCAUCUCCGUGCGUUUGCGGCAAAUCUCUUCCAGAAUCCACUCCGAAUUUUCUAGACUUGCCUGCAACUACCUUCAACCUCCCAAGAGUCAUCUGGCUCCUGGUCAUAUAUUUCAAACUCUCAGCUGCUUGAUGCAAGACCUACAGAACUGGAGAGAUAAUUGCCCGACAUUCCAGCAGCCCAAAUGUCUGUAUGAGUCGCAGGACUGGUAUGAUCUCUUACUGGCUAGGGAGCAACUUUACCUAGUCCGACGAGCCAUUGAUCUUAUGCCCAAACGAGGCGGGAAGACGCCCCAUCAUAUUUCCGUCCUAUGCCUCAGGAUUGCACUUCGAACGAUUUGGGCUUACUCAAGACUGUGCCAACAGCGACCACUCACCACACAUACCCGCAGCUAUUUUCACAUGAUGUUUACCGCUGGUCUUUCGGUGCUGUUUUGUGUUUCUACCGCAACGAAAAUAGACAAAGAAGGUCUUUCGGAUGCUUCAGCCGGACUGAUUCGGUGUGAAGAGACUCUAAAGAACAUGGCGGAGCAGUUACCAAGUGCCAAACAAUAUGUUGCCGUCUUUGAAGCUCUUCGACGAAACACCACUCGAAAACUAGACAAAGUUCUCGAGAACUUACAAUCUGACGUCCUAUCUCAAAGCAAAACACUGGAAUACACGAGAGCCGGGUUCCGGCAAUCAUCAGAAAGAUUCUCUGAACCUCUGGUAGCCUCAGGAUCUUCGAUUCUUGGUUCGCAGUGCGUCUCAGGACCCAGUGCCCUGAGUACGAAUCUUGAUGCCAGAGUUCAAGAAACAAACUUUCCAGGAAGCAUUCCGAGCAACCUUUCGUUUGUGCCUGCCGUUGAGAGAGCCAUGGUGGGCAAUCCUAUAACAUUAUCCCACGGUUCGAGAAACACGUGUGGGCCAAUACCAGCCACAGCCACUUUUUCCCCGGGAAGCGGUUUCAUGGACUGGGCGCUUUUAGGAGACGAGGCACUAUGGAAUAUGGAAUCCGCCUUGGGGGAAUAUGUGUACGGUGAUCCAGAGAGGCACAUUGGAGCGUUCGAUGCGUUUGAGUUUCAAUGA